AUGGGGAGUGGAGCAAGUGCUGAAGAUAAGAGGUCCAAGGAACUGGAAAAGAAGCUACAAGAAGAUGCAGACCAGGAGGCAAAGACAGUCAAGCUGCUACUGCUAGGUGCUGGCGAGUCAGGCAAGAGUACAAUUGUCAAACAGAUGAAGAUUAUCCAUCAAGAUGGUUACUCAAAAGAAGAAUGUUUGGAGUUCAUAUCUGUCAUCUAUGGCAACAUACUACAGUCCAUCCUGGCCAUCAUCAGAGCCAUGAUCACUUUGGGGAUAGAUUACGGUGAUUCAAGCCGAGCGGAUGAUGGACGACUGCUGUUCAACUUGGCUGACUCCAUUGAAGAAGGAACCAUGCCUAAAGAGCUAGUGGAAUGUAUAAAGAGGCUCUGGAAAGAUUCAGGUGUUCAGGUGUGCUUUGACCGGGCAGCGGAGUACCAGCUCAAUGACUCUGCUUCAUACUACCUGAAUGAACUGGACAGGAUCACAGGUCCCAAUUAUCUUCCCACUGAACAAGAUGUACUGCGAUCACGAGUUAAGACCACAGGUAUCAUAGAGACAAGAUUCUCUGUCAAAGACCUCAACUUCAGGAUGUUUGAUGUGGGUGGACAAAGAUCAGAGCGCAAGAAGUGGAUCCACUGCUUUGAAGGAGUGACCUGCAUCAUUUUCUGUGGAGCUCUCAGUGCUUAUGACAUGGUGUUGGUUGAAGAUGACGAAGUGAACCGCAUGCAUGAAUCUCUGCAUCUGUUCAACAGCAUAUGCAAUCACAAAUUCUUUGCUGCCACCUCCAUUAUUCUCUUCCUGAACAAGAAGGACCUCUUUGAGCAAAAGAUCAAGAAAGUACACCUCAACAUUUGUUUCCCAGACUACGAUGGCCCCAAUACAUACGAUGAUGCAGGCAACUACAUCAAGCAUCAGUUCCUUGACCUGAACCUGAGAAAAGAUGUGAAAGAAAUCUACAGUCAUAUGACCUGUGCCACAGACACACAGAACGUCAAAUUUGUAUUUGAUGCAGUUACAGAUGUCAUCAUCAAAGAGAAUCUCAAGGACUGCGGUCUCUUCUAAGACUUCAGCUUUUU